GCGAAUAAAAAGCUGUAUUUCAGACUCAUUCUCCUUACAAGUCUGUCGUCUUUCUUCGCCACUCUCACAAAUUUUCAUACAUACAAUCCAACAAAUUCCAAAACCUCUCAACAUAUUCCAUCCAGCUAGCUGCACAAACUGAUUCUUUUGUCUCUGGUUUUCUCUUCAAAUGUGAAAGACUUUGCCUAGAAAAAUGAUGAUUAUGUUCUUCCCUCGACUUCUUCCUCAUUCUCUUUUCUUUGUAGCUUGCUUUGUAACUUUUGCCUUUGGAGCUACUCGAUUGCCAAAUGAUGAAGUGCAAACUUUGAAAGGCAUAGCAAAGACACUGGGGAAGACGGGCUGGGAUUUCAGUGGAGACGCAGAUCCAUGCAGCGGCCAAUCUCCAUGGACUAAUACAAGCUCACCGAAAGAAAUUCAGAAUACCAUCAUCUGUCAUUGCUCCGAUGAAAACUCCACUGUCUGCCAUAUUACCAACAUAAUUCUAAAAGCCCAAGAUUUGAAAGGAACACUCCCACUAGAGCUGGUAGAUCUCACCUAUCUUCAAGAAAUCGACCUGACCCGCAACUACCUGAGCGGUACCAUCCCUCCAGAAUGGAGCUCUCUUCCACUUUUGAACAUAUCCCUUCUUGGAAAUCGUUUGACCGGUUCUAUCCCCAAAGAGCUCGGAAACAUCACCACCCUGAAGAGUUUGGACAUCAGUUUCAAUAAUUUCUCUGGACCUCUCCCUCAGGAGCUUGGAUCUUGGGCCCACAUAGAAAGAUUGCUGCUUUGCUCAAACAACUUUACUGGGGAGUUGCCAGAAACAUUUGCAAAGCUUACCAAAAUAAAGGACUUUCGGGUUAGUGACAGUCACUUUUUCGGGCAGAUACCUGAUUUUAUUAAGAACUGGGCAAAUCUUGAAAAACUAGUGAUUCAGGCUAGCGGUUUGACAGGGCCAAUUCCUCCUGGCAUUUCUCGUUUGACAAACUUAACUGACUUGAGAAUCACUGACUUGAGUGGACCUGAAUCACCCAUUCCUUCGCUCGAGAAGAUGAAAAACAUGAAGACACUGAUGUUGAGGAGUUGCAACCUUACUGGAAAGAUACCUCUAUAUCUUGCACAAAUGAAAAACUUGAAAACUUUAGACCUCAGCUUUAACAAGCUGACCGGAGAAAUUCCAAGCAGCUUCGAUAGUCUACCAAAUGUGGCUUAUAUAUUCUUAACUGGAAACUUGCUGACUGGACCUGUACCUGCUUGGCCAAGAGUCAACGUUGAUCUUUCGUAUAACAACCUCGCCAUAGAGGAUGCAAGUUGUCAACCACGAGGUGGCACUAACUUGUUUGCAAGCUCGUCAAAAGGAAAUAGUUCAAUUAUUUCAUGUUUCAAAACUUCAGAGUGUCCAAAAUAUUUGUACUACUCUCUCCAUAUAAAUUGUGGUGGGAAACAAUUUACGGUCCCUGGAGGAAAAGAUACAGUAUAUGGUGAUGACACAUUUUCUGCUGGACCUUCAUCAUUUUACAAGAGCACAACAAAUUGGGCAUUAAGCAGCACCGGUUACUUCCCUGAUGAUGACCGCCCUUAUGACACCUUUACAUGGACUAAUGAAACUAGACUCUCUAUGGCCAAUCCUCAACUGUACAUGAACGCACGCCUUUCUCCCAUAUCUCUAACUUAUUUUGGGUUUUGUCUGGGAAAUGGAAACUACACCGUAAACCUCCAUUUUGCAGAGAUAAUGUUUAGAAAUGGCAAAACAUAUAAAAGCUUGGGAAGGCGCAUAUUUGAUAUUUACAUUCAGGGAAAACUAGUGAAGAAGGACUUCAAUAUCAUGGAUGAGGCUGGUGUGUUUGGUGAUGUAGUCAUACAGAACUUUACUGCUCCUGUAACUAAUAAUACAUUGGAGAUUCGUUUCUUUUGGGCUGGGAAAGGGACGACGGCCAUCCCUUAUAGAGGAGUCUAUGGUCCACUUAUUUCAGCUAUUUCAGUAGACCCAAACUUUGAUCCCCCGCAACCUGGUGGAAGUGGCAUGCCUGUACGUGCCGUGGUUGGAAUUGUGGUUGGAGGAGUCUUCAUUAUACUACUGAUAUUUGGUAUUCUUUGGAAGAGAGGCCUCCUAGGACAACAAAAGACAUUGGAGGAUGAUUUGAAGGGUGUGGACCUGCAAACUGGUAAAUUUACCUUCAAGCAACUUAAAGAUGCCACAAGCAACUUUAACAAAGCCAAUAAGAUUGGUGAAGGUGGUUUUGGUUCUGUUUUUAAGGGCGUUCUAGCAGAUGGCACCGUAAUAGCCGUUAAGCAGCUUUCUUCCAAAUCAAAGCAAGGGAAUCGUGAAUUUGUUAAUGAGAUUGGCAUGAUUUCUGCUCUGCAACACCGUCAUCUUGUCAAGCUCCACGGAUGUUGUAUUGAAGGAAAUCAACUAUUGCUUGUCUAUGAGUACCUGGAAAAUAAUAGCGUUGCUCAUGCUUUGUUUAGGGCAAACGAAAGUCAUUUGAAGUUGGAUUGGCCAACAAGGCACAAGAUUUGUAUUGGUACAGCAAGAGGUUUGGCUUUUCUUCAUGAGGAAUCAACAUUGAAGGUCGUUCAUAGAGACAUCAAGGCUACUAAUGUUUUGCUUGAUAAAAAUCUUAACCCGAAAAUAUCUGACUUUGGAUUGGCCAAGCUUGAUGAAGAGGAUAAUACACACAUUAGCACCCGUAUUGCUGGAACUUAUGGAUAUAUGGCGCCCGAAUAUGCAAUGCGGGGUUAUCUGACUCAUAAAGCAGAUGUCUAUAGUUUUGGUAUUCUCAUAUUGGAAAUUGUUAGCGGGAGAAAAAACACAACUUACCGGAAAAAGGAAGCAAGCUUUUAUAUUCUUGAUUGGGCACGACAUCUAAAAGAGCAAGGGAAUUUGAUGGACCUAGUUGAUCCAAGGUUGGGAUCAGACUUUAACAAAGAGGAGAUGAUUGUUGCAAUUAAUGUGGCUCUUCUUUGUUGUAAUGUUACUUCGACAGUUAGGCCUACCAUGUCUUCGGUUGUGAGCAUGCUCGAAGGAAAGGCUGUUGUUCAGGAGUUGGUCUCGGAUCCAAAUGCCGAGAGGAUUGAGAUCGAUGCAAUGAGGAAACAUUUUCAAUCUAGUUUUGGAAGGGGCACGGGCGAGAAACAGAUAGAAACGGGGUCAACUGAAGGGCCAUGGACUGCUUCGUCUGCGUCUACUCACGAUCUGUAUCCCGUCAAUCCUGAUUCAGAUUACUGGGAGAACAGAAGCGAGAGAACUUGAGCUGCAUGGUUAUCAGUUUGACUCCACCUUAGCACACUCAAACAUAUCAGCUAAUAAAUCAUUUGCAUUUCCUCUAAACUAUUUUCUUUUUUCUGUUUGAUAAUAUAGUAGAAAGCAGAACUGAAGAAGUUUCUACAGCAUGGUGAUUAUAAAUUGUGAAAUCAGCUCUUUUCGGUAUUUGGUAGUAUGAUAAAAUGAUUUUCUUUUCGAAUAAUAAAUUUAUGCUUCAAUACCUA